CCUAUAAAAACAACUAAGCGCAAAUCUACCCAUAUCCAUCUCUCCCGGGAUGCGUGUGCUUUUUCAACUAACUUUGGGAAGUCGCAGAGACCCAGCGGUGUGGCCCUCACCACCUCUCCUACACUUUGGCAUUUUAAGCGUGCACCGCCCUUAGCGGUAUCUUUCUUUCCUCCGGAUUAAGUAUGGAAGAUCCCUUCAGCCCCUCAACUCUGUCUCCGGUGUCUAACCUAUCCCUACCCAUUCGGCAGAGCUGGGGUCUCAACCUGACUUCUAAGCAGGGACCCUCUGUGCCGGGACCGCAGCCGCCUCCACGCUGGCCACCUAGCCACCGGAUCCAUCUGGUCUUCUUGGGGAUCAUCCUGGCGGCCUCGGUGGCUGGCAACACCACAGUGCUCUGCCGCCUGUGCGGCAGUAGCAGCCGGCCCUGGCUGGGUCCCAAGCGUCGCAAGAUGGACUUCCUGCUGGUGCAGCUAGCAGCGGCUGACCUGUACGCGAGUGGAGGCACCGCGCUGUCGCAGCUGGCUUGGGAGUUGCUGGGCGACCCGCGACCUGCUCUGGGCGACUUGGCUUGCCGCCUUUCCCAGUUGCUGCAGACAUCUGGGCGGGGCGCCUCCGCCCACCUGGUGGCGCUCAUUGCUUUGGAGCGCCAGUUCGCAGUGCGAGGUCCUCAGGGCCCACAGUUGCCCGCACGCGCCCUGGCUACCCUGAGCUGGCUGCUGGCUCUGCUGCUUGCUCUGCCGCCCACCUUCGUGGUGCGCUGGGAAGCGCCUCCAUCUUCAACCGCCAGCGCCUGGCCCGGGGAGCAUCGCUGCCAGAACAUCUUCGCCCCCCUGCCGCGCUGGCACCUGCAGGUCUACGCGCUCUAUGAGGCUAUCGUGGGCUUCGCGGCGCCAGUCGCGAUCUUGGGUGUCUCUUGCGGUCACCUGCUGUGUGUCUGGUGGCGGCGCGGGUCUCAGGCUUCGGUGGCUGGGAUGCCCUGGUCCGCCAGUAUGGCUCGAGCCUCCUUACCCAGUGCGCUGCCCCGCGCCAAGGUGCAAAGCUUGAAAAUGAGCCUGGCACUGGCACUGCUCUUCGUGGGCUGCGACCUGCCCUACUUUGCAGCUCGCUUGGCAGCGGCCUGGUCGUCGGGGCCCCGGGGUGAUUGGGAGGGAGAGAGCCUGGUAGCCGCGAUGCGGGUCGUAGAGGUGGCCAACAGCGCUGUCAAUCCUUUGGUCUACCUUUUCUUCCAGACGGGUGACUGCCGUCUCUGGCGGCGGCUACGGAGGCGUAUAGGAGUUCUGUGCUGCGUGCAGGAGGAAGAAGCUGAGAUCAGCGGAGGGGCUGGGGACCACCAGGCACUCCACCGCCAUCGCUGGCCCCACCCCCAUUAUCACCAUGCGCGGCGGGAGGAGCGGGACCAAGGCGGCCUGCGCCCACCCCCGCCACGCCCCAGACCUCUGCCCUGCUCCUGUGAAAGUGCCUUCUAGGAGCUGCUGCACAGACAGGUCAUUUGUCACUGUGGCACAGACUUCAGACAGCACAGAAUGUAAGUGGUCUGCCUAAAUCACGAAUAGUGGAACUGUCAGCAGGAACCACUGAAGCUGCCCGCAUACUUUAUGCAACAGUUAUUUCCUUCUAAUUAAGGACAUGGUUUUUACUUCUUGUUUGUUUUCUUCCCUGUGGUUCCUCUCACAAUGCCCAUUUUAAGGAGACCAAACGCUUGGAAAGUUGUUUAAAAAAAAAUCUGAGUUCCAGAGUUAAUAUUUUUGCAAUUCUCUUUUAUAUUCCCAUUGUGUUCUAGAUAAGAACAUUUAUUUUAACAAAAUUGUCAAUUUUUCAUUCGUUGCUAUUAUGUUUUUAGUGAGUUCGAAUUGUGCUUAAAUCAAGUGCAUCUUUGGGGAGCAGCAAAUUUGCUGUUCCUACCAAGAAGAAAAUCCCCAUAAUGCUCUUCCUGGGGAGAUCUGGAGGUCUAUUAGCAAUGCUAUAGGAAAGUAAUUAUGCUGUCACUUCAGUGACAGAGCAUUUGAAAAAUAAAAGCAUUUCCCACAUAGCAGCUAGAACACCUUUUUUAACGUGGUAAUGUGUUUUCUGGGAAGAAAAUCGGUGUGGCUUUUAUUUCCAAUCUAACUUCCACAUCAAUAAAAACUGAGAAUACAUGAG